AUGACUCCUUUGGGCCCCUCCAAGGAUCCCUCCCUCUCCAACCCCUCCAAAGACCUACCUCCAACCCCUCCAAUGACCUCUCUCCAGCCUCUUCUAGGAUCCCUCUCCAACCCCUGCAAGGAACUCUCUCCAACCCCUCCCGGGACCCCUCUCCAACCCCUCCAAGACCCCUCUCCAACCCCUCAUAGGACCCCUCUCCAACCCCUCCAAGCACCCUCUCCAACCCCUCCAAUGACCCCAGUCCAACAGCUCCAAGGACCCCUCUCCAACCCUCCUAGGACCCCUCUCCAACCCCUCCCAGGACCCCUCUCCAACCCCUCCCAGGACCCCUCUCCAACCCCUCCCAGGACCCCUCUCCAACCCCUCCCAGGACCCCUCUGGCAGUGUCGCUGUCAAUCGUGCUGCUAG